AUGCCGGCCACGCCGUUUUUCGACCUUCUCGACGCCCUGUCGUCGCUCAAUAUCGACAAAUUCGCCCCUUUCAAAGUCAUUACUGCGGAUUAUAAAAGGAUAGGAAAUGGUUCAUCCGCUAUCCAGGCAGAUGUACUCAUUCCAAAGACUCUACUCGCCGAUCGACAGGUCAGCACACGCCCGGUUAUUGUCCGUAUUCACGGGGGAUUUCUAGUCACCGGUUCAAGUCGCUAUGCACCCUGGUUUUCAAACUGGAUUCUGGAUUACGCAAUCCGUCAUGGAGCCGUGCUUAUAUCGCCAAACUAUCGGCUUCUUCCCGAGGUAUCCGGGAAGGAGAUUCUGGAAGAUAUUCACGAUUUCUGGAACUGGCUGCGUAAAGGAUCUGUCGAGCAGCUGUUGAGAGAUGCGGGACAUUUUGAUAUCGUGCCCGAUCCUGACCAGGCCAUGGUUGUGGGCGAGAGUGCUGGAGGCUAUCUCGCCAUUCAACUGGCACUGAGCUAUCCGUCGCAGAUCCGCGCCAUUAUCACCGCAUAUCCCAUGAUUGACCUUCGAUCACGAUUCUACACCGAAUCUUACCCAAAGCCCAUAGUUGGCGUCCCCAAUAUAUCCAACGCAGUCGUCGACAAACACACGGCUAUGCUAUCUGUGACUUCCAAAUUUAGACUAGCAUCCAUCACAGCUGCGGACCCUCCAAACCGACUCGAACUCGCCUUUGCCAUUGUCCAGAAUGGCCGGUUUCUGGAAUUUUUCGGUGCGACUGUUCGUUCCCUGUUCCCUAUUGACAGGGUGGAAGAUCUAGCUGCUGCGGGAGUGUUGCAGAUCCCUCCGAUGUUUAUAUUUCAUGGAGAGCAGGACUCUGCCGUCCCGGUUGGGGGAUCUAGGAGGUUUGUGAGAUAUUUGCGGGAUAAGGCACCUGGGUCGAAGGUGAAAUUGGUUAUUCAGAAUGGAGAUCAUGGGUUUGAUUUGGAUGCUACUUUGGAGACGCCGUGGUUGAAAGAAGGAUUGGACAUGGUUUCGAAAGCGUGGUUGGAUUUGGAUUGUAUGCCUCAUUUGUGAUUAUAGCAGGAG